AUGGACUUCAAACACGGAUCGCAGAUAUUAAGUCCAACGAUAUUUUCAGCAGCCAUCGAACACUUAACCAUUAUUGGUGUUUCAUAUCCUGCUGGACAAGUGAUCAAUCUUUGUGAACAUACACCUCGUCUUCGAUAUCUUGCACUAGAUUUAUCAUGUCCGACUGGUAAUAUCGAAUUUCACACUACGAUUCCAUUGAUUACCGAAGUUAAUUUUAUCGUGAUUGGUGCCCAACAUGAGUUUAUUGAAAAUUUGUUACGAUGUAUGCCAAAUCUGUGUCAAUUAAAGAUUGAAACAUGUUAUGUAGAUAUGAAUGGAUACGAAUGGGAACAACUUAUACGAAAGUACUUACCGAAAUUAAAACAUCUUCAAUUAAAAAUGCGAUCGCACGUGAUGAACGAAAAAUACCGAAAAGAAUUGUUCACUUCAUUUCAAACACCAUUUUGGAUCAAAGAGCAUCAAUGGUUCAUUCGCUACCAUUAUAAUCAAGAUCACAAUGCGAAUAUGGUUUGCUUCUAUACAUUGCCAUACAAUUUUUCUACUCUUGAUAUUCAUUUUCCUGUCUUAUACAAAUCCACUUGCUUGAAUGAGAAAGAUUAUUUAUCAUAUGAUAAUGUACGAAAUUUAAGUUAUCAUUCGUCGGCAGUCAAUGAAAUGACCGGUGGAUCGGAUUUUGAGUUUCCUAAUAUAAAUAGUUUAUCAGUUAAGCUACCUAUCAACAAUCAUUUGUUGUCACUUAUGCGAAAAUUGAAUCAACUACAUUCGCUGAAAAUAACACGACCGAGUAAUAUAUCAGACGAGGAGGCACGCAAGCAAUUACAAACACUGCUUGAUCAUACACCACAUCUUUAUUAUUUGAAAUUUCAUUCGUGGUCACAGACAACGCAGCAACAGUGGAUACGCAUCGCUAAUCAAUCGAUUCGAAAGCUCAACCUUCUCGGUUAUAAUCAUUGGUUUACACAACAAGAUUGUGUUGAGUUAAGUCAAUCGUCACUAGGUAUCAAUUGUGAAGUGCUUUAUAUUAAAGUUGAAAAACGAAAUGAUAUAUGUUACUUAAUCGAAACCAUGCGAAGAUUACGGGCUUUAAUCGUUCGAUCAAAGGACGAUGAUGGAUCGAAUUUGUGGGCCACAGACAAUCUGCAGCUCGAACGAUGGCUACAACAAUAUUUACCCCCCAGAUGUUCAAUUAAACGAGAUUCUCGCUAUGUUCAUCAUGUUCGAAUAUGGAUUGAUUUAUAA